GGCUCAUAGAAGGAAAGGGGGAACAUGGCGGCGCGUGCUGGGGGGUAGAGAGCAGAGGGCGCCGCCAUUUUGUUGUACGGCAAAAAGAGGAAGGGGAGUGACGUAGUUCCGGUGGGGUCUGAGCGCGGAGUUUGAGCGGGCCCCCAGGACAUCCUCGUGCCCCAAUUUCGGAGCCCGACCAGCUCCAGGACUUCUCGGAGCCCCCUUCCAGCAGCGCGAGGAAGAAGAGGCCCCGUGAGGAAGCCGCCUCCCGGGAAGAAGGAGGGAUGACGUCUGCGUUCCCACUCUUACCCAAGGCUUGGAGGGAGAUGGAGAAAGGGAAAUCAAACUCAGAGGACGGGGUUUUGGCUCACCUGGAGAGGCUGGAGGCGCAGGCUCGCGAGUCGGCCCUGAAGCAAGAAGAAAAGGAGCAGCAAGAGGAAAAGCUGGCUGGGCUGAAGGCCAGGGUGCAGGAGCUGAGAGCCCAGAGGGACGAGCUGCGGGCAAAACUGGAGCUGCAGCAAAAGAGGCUUCUGGAGAAAGAAGGUGUCAAGACAGAUCCAGAGCAGCCCAGCGCUCAGGCUGUCUUGGAGUGGAAGAUACGAAGCAUGAAGGACCUGCUGCAGCUCUUCUACCUCACAGGGAUCAGCGGGAAGCUGACCAAGCGGGGCGUGUGCUUCUGCAUCAGCACUGCUUACGAGGGCACCUACCUGCACUCCUACUACCUGGACGUCCUCACCAAGCCCGAGGUGCAGAUCCAACGCCACUCGGUGCCCACCUUCAUCCCCCUGGAGCAGAUUGCCAGGAGGCACCUGCAGACGGACAUCAGGCGAUUUUUGGCUGUCCUCUCCGACCACCUCAACGCUUACGCUGGCCGGAGGUACCAGGCGGACCAGUUGCAGGAGCGUUUUUCAGACCGCCUGGAAGGGCCCUUGCAGAGGAACUCCCUGUGUAACUUGCUGGUCUUCCACUACAACGUCUCAGGUGACAACGGGAGCUUUCUGUUCAGCGCCAAGCUGCUUUACUCAGAUCUCUGCUGCAGCCUCCCCACCGAAGCCAUCGUUUCGUGCACGCCCAACGCUCCCACGGAGCUGGCAGCGAUGGCAGCAGCUCACUCGGAGACGUUUCGCCGCCUGGCCCUGCACAAAGCCUUCGACUCGUUCAGCAAAGCUGAAGAAACCCAGGACCAAGCACUGAUAAGUCCCCCGGGCUCUCCCCAGUAACUCUCCUCCCCUGCCGGGCGUGCUCUCAACAAGAAAAUGCUUCCCACGGGCCCAGCGCUGUUGCUGGGAUCCCCCUGAGGAGCACUUGGCUCGCUUGGAAUCGAGAGCAACGUUUCCUGGAGGCUUUUUGGGGGUCUGGUGUAGGAGAUUUCACACCAGCAGUGGCUUUGGACAUUCUUUGUUCCUUCUCUUUGGGCACGGGACAGUUUUCGUGGUGUCCUGUCUGUGCGCUUCCAAGUUUGGGUCAGAUCUUAAAAACUUGGUGUUCUUACGGGAGUAUUUUUAAGGCUUAAUCAUUUCAGUGACAUAGAACUUCUGUGCCCGCAGGGUUUAUGUCCUGGGGUGCAAACAGCCUCAGCUGCCUGAAUUUUGGGCGAGGCUGCAGAUUUCUCCCUGCAUCAGCAUCGCUCCUGUUCCACCUGGGUGCUGCUUGCACCAGCGGCCAGGUCCUGCGAGUGCAGGGAUGGAACGGGGAACAGCACGGGCUGAGGAUGGGGAUUUUUUUUCUUCCCUUUUGAGGGAUGGGGUAGGGAUUCAACUCCUUUAUCAUCAAAUUGUGGUUCCCAGCGUUUCGGGUCUCUGCUGCCAGAGCCAGCUGAGCCCCAACAAGGGAAAAAGAAGCAAAGCAUCGUCCUUCCCUUUGGGGACCCCUUCAAAUAUUCCCCUGGAGAGGCUGUGGAGCCCUUCUCGCUGCACCUCCGACCCCAGAACACAGCAGACUUUGAAACCAGGCUUUGAAAUUCAACUGCUUUCUAUUCAAGAAACUAGCGGCGUAAUUAAUUACACCCCGGGCUUGCCUCCUCUCCCCCCUGCUCCCCUCUUCCACCAGCAGCCGAGCCCAGCGAGCUCUGCCCCGGGGAGCGAAUGGGCACAGUUAAAAAUAUAAAUGUUAAUCUGUACUUUUUAUAUAUAUAUAUAUAUAAUAUAUAUUUAUAUAUCUUAAAUACACAAUAUCAGUU